AGUGAAACAUAAACCAGAGGGAAGAGGUGAAGUGAGAGGGUCCACUCCUGUGAGAAUACAGCAAUAAGUAGACCAAUCAUAGAGAGACUAAUAUGCAGAGCAGAUCACCUGCCUUAUUCGCCUUUGGGACGACUCCCAUUGUUAGGGCAGAGACAAUAUACAGUAUAAUAUAAUAUAUACAGUAUAAUACAAUAUAAUUAUAUACAGUUAUAUCUCUGGAGAAGCCUGCUAGGUGAGAGUGGACAGAGAGCUAGAGUAAGAAAUACUAGGCAUAGACCGACCGAGAAAUGGUCCAGGUGUUGUGGACUUCAUUGGUUUUGCUGAUCACCUUCAGGGAAUCAGUAUCACAGGAGGUGAAAUGUUACAGCAGGUUUGAUAAUGGGGAUUGUGGCGAUCUCCUGGGAGAGGUGACAAUUGAAGACUGUUGUCUUAACCCUCACUAUGGCUACAUUGGAGCAGAUGGAAAAUGCAAGUUUUGUGGCCCAGCUUCGUGGUCUGAAUGGACUACUUGGGGCCGCUGCUCUGUCCCCUGUAAGGAGGGAGUUUCGCAGAGACGGCGAGAAUGCCAGGGACGUGGAAAAUGUACUCUGAAGAGUAGCCUUGCAGAGCUUCAGAAACUAACAAUAGAGACCAAAGUCUGCAUUGAGCCAGACUGUUGUCCAGAACAUGGACAAUGGAGCAAGUGGGGUGAGUGGCAGCCAUGUUCAGCAACUUGUGAGAAGGGCAUGAGAAAGAGAAUGAGGACAUGCACCGAACCACCACCUAGAUGUGGAAGCAGCUGCGAAGGUCCAAGUGAAGAGGAGGAACACUGCUUGGUUGAUCGCGUCUGUCCAACCCAUGGUGGUUGGUCAAACUGGGAGAGUUGGCAGCCAUGCUCAGGCACUUGUUCAAGGGAGGAUUUACCCAGACCUACACAGCGGCGCCGCAGAUCAUGCUCCAAUCCACCACCAUCCUCAGUGCCCCCUGGUGAUGAAUGCCCUGGGUUAGGGAGCGAAACUAGGACCUGUGAUGAGCUUCCUUCAUGUCCUGUGAAUGGUAACUGGGGACCGUGGGGCCCCCCCAGCUCCUGCUCCGUUACCUGUGGGGUGGGGGUUAAUGAAAUGCUCAGACAGUGUGACAACCCAGCCACUAAACAUGGAGGUCUGCCCUGCUCUGGAUCUAAUAAAGACACACAAAUCUGCAAUACCAAAAACCAUUGCCCAGUGGAUGGUCAGUGGUCGCAGUGGGGGACAUGGGAAGAAUGUAAAUCUAAUAGAGGAAACAUUAAGUGUCGAAAAAUUGGUGGACAGCAAAGACGCCAAAGAUGGUGUGAACACACAGGUUUUGGUGGGUUGACGUGUGAAGGAAAGAUCACAGACUACAGGCCCUGCUUUGACAUUACAUCUUGCUACUUUGAUAGUAAGUUGAGUGAAUGGAGUGAGUGGAGUCAUUGUGAGCCCCCCUGUGGAGAAGGAGUCAAAAGGACCAGAGAACGCAAGUGCAUACCUAAUCUCUCAGAAUACCCGGAGACAAUAGGGUAUCCUAUUAAGGCUAAAGCAUAUUUUGAAGGGAAGCCAAAAGUGAAUUGCACACUGUUGAAGGACACAAAAGAGACUCUGGCUUGUAUAAAGGUUCCUCUAUGUGACACAUAGAGUCUUUUGAUCAAAACACAAGCCUGGAGGGGGAUAAGGAUUGUCAACUUAGAAAAUGACACAUUGAAUUGUCUAGCCAUGUGAUUUCACUGCUUUUGGUCACAUAUGUCUAUGCAGCCUUCAUGAACCAGUAGUAACACAAAGUAGUUUAUUAUGACUACACUUUUCAUAAUAAUGUAAUUUCUUAAUGAAAUAAAAGACAUUAAAGCAAUUCCUUGAUAGGAAGUGAACAGUC